CGUUUGGAAGGGGCCUUGACCGCCUCCGUUAAGUGUGCGAUGGGAAGCCAGUGUGACUGACGAGAAAACGACUCACUCACUUUUGUUGUUGCUUCCUCGCAGGGCUUGUACAGUCUCAGCACAGCGGCCCAACACGUCUAACCUCUGCAACCUGCGGCCAGAAACACAAACGGAGACAACAGAAAUGGGAAGUCGGCGGAAGGUUGUGGCCGGCACGAUGCUGCUGAUGACUUUCAGCUUGGUCAUCACGGAAUGCCACACGACGGCGAUCACGUUUCCGCAGGAGUCGUCAGAGAAUAAAAGAGAGACCCUCAUCCUGCAAAGAGAGCAGCAACUGCACAUGCGAGAACAGGCGCUGAGGGACAGAGAGCAGCAAAUAACGCAGAGAGAAAAAGAGGUCUCGGAGCGUGAAGCUCACCUCGUAGCUGAGAUGAAAAAGAAGCAUGAAGCCGAAGCGGCGGCGGCUGCUUUGGCGCAACAAAGCAUAAUUGACAGGUUGGGUGCGGAAGGGGCAAAACUGCCAAAGGAUGACCUGAACGAGUUUUUCACGGGACUUUCUGGCUUCUCGCUGGACAUGAUGCAGAGGUUGGCCAAGAGCGAGACGAACGUUGCGUUUUCUCCUCUGACCACGUGGGUUUUGCUCGCCUUGAUGAGCGAGGGCGCUCAGGGGUCAACUCUUCAAGAGCUCGAGACCACCCUCGCCCUACCCAAGGACAAAAAUGUUACCUACAGAGGCUUUGAAUCGAUCAGAAGUGACAUUAUGCAAAUCAUGAAAGGCAACUCGCUCAUCAAUUUGGGAUCGGCUGCUUUUACUAGUCCACGAUUGACGUUGAAGGAUGAAUUCAAAAGAAUUGCGGAGGUUUGUUACAACACCACCAUUCAGAAUGUAGAGUUCCGAAAUAGAUCGGCUGCUGCCACGGUGAUUAACAAAUGGGUGGACGAUCUUACCAUGGGCAAUAUUAAAGGAAUCGUUCAUCCAGAUGACCUGGACCGCGCUGAAUUGGUGCUAACUAGUGCCCUUUACUUCCGCGGCUCUUGGAAAGACGCAUUCAAUGAGAGUCUGACUCGCCGAGAACCAUUCAUGGACGACAGCGGGGCGAGGGUGGCCGAGGUCGAUAUGAUGUACCAGGUGGGCCGAUUCAGACUCAGCUUCAUUGAAGGUCUCAAGGCGAUCGCCCUCGAACUGCCCUACUCGAGCGAAAGAAAUUCAAUGCUCCUUUUGCUGCCUCGUCGUGGAAGCACCCUUACUGAUUUACUUUCCAACAUGGCCAGCUACACGGAACCACUUGUGCCCAGCAUUAUGAAAAAGCUCGAGGAAGACCAAAUAGCCGAUACUGAGGACGAGGACACUCACGUUUACCUGCCAAGAUUCGAGCUCAACUCCAAGCUUAAACUUGUGGACCUGUUGAAAAAGAUGGGCAUCAAGAAGUUGUUUGAAUCACGCGCAGAUCUGAGAGGUGUGUCGACUUCUAAUUUGUACGUCAGCAACUUGAUCCACAAGGCGGCCAUCAGCGUCACCGAAAAAGGAACCACAGCUUCUGCGUCUUCAGCGGCUGUGUUGCACAACUACAGUCUUCCCUCCACAUUCAAAGCGAAUCGACCAUUCCUAUUCAUGAUUAUCCAACGGGCAACCAACGCAAUUCUGUUCGCCGGAAAGGUAGGCAACCCCUCGCCCAGCGUGCAAACGAGGACAUACUAAAGAGCGACGCGUCGAAUCUACAUUUAUUUACCUCUGCACGCCGCCGCCACGCUGGUAGUUGAUUAAUUCAUUCUGAAUUCUCUGUGUAAGGUCACGCAACUUCGCGUUUUUUCGUGCGUAGGAAAAAUAAGUACUUUAUUAUUACACUGAUAAAUAAUAAAUUAAAUAUUCAGUUUUUCGUUAAA